AUGAAUCCAUCUCCCGCCCCUCAAGCACCCACCACCCAAUCCCUCGCCUCCCGCAUGAAAUCCUACGAAUCCACCUUCGACCACACACUCCCCCUCACCAGCCCCAUCAUCCUCCGCCUCGACGGCCACGGUUUCUCGCGCUUCACCGCUCACUUCGCACGCCCCUUCGACCAACGCAUCCACCUAGCCAUGACACGCACCAGCAGCGAUCUCCUCAGCUACUUCCCGUCCGCCACACUCGCCUACACACAAUCCGACGAAAUCACGCUCGUCUUCCCCUCCGGCGUUCAAACCUUCAACUCGCGCGUUCAGAAACUGUCUUCCAUUGCUGCAAGCUACUGUUCCGUACGCUUUAACAAGCACCUAAGUGCCGCUUUGCGCGAACUAACUGAGCCGCGUGUUAGUGGGGAUGUGGAGGAGUGGUUGGGAACGGCGCAUUUCGAUGCGCGGUUUUUUCCGGUCCCGAAUGUCGAGGAGGCGCUGAAUAAUUUGAUUUGGAGGUGUCGGAAUGAUGCCGUGAGGAAUGCGGUUAGUGGGUUUGCGAGAACCAUGUAUACGACGGCGGAGAUGCAUGGAAAAAAGACUAAUGAGCUGAUUGAGAUGAUGUUGCAGGAUAAGGGAGUUAGGUUUGAGGAGGCGGUGCCUAAAUGGGCGAUUGAGGGAUGCUUGAUCAAGAGGGAGCAGUAUGAGCAUGAGGGCUUGAAUAUGAAGACUGGGGAGAAAGAGAAGACGUUUAGGACGAGGACGCGAGUGGAAGAGAGGGGCGUAAGAGAGUUUAAUGAUGAAGGGUUAAGGCUGAUCACAGACAAAUAUUGGUAG